AUGUUAUAUGAUCUUACUCUUCGUUUUCAAGAAGACCUCUACAUUACAAUCAUAAUACGCCAAAUAUACACCCGUACAUUUCACAAUCCGACUUUUUUUUCCAGGCUGCGAUUACCAUUCAAACUCCACUUAUUCCUAAGUAUGUCUCAGAUCUCCCAGACAGCUUUACAGAGCCUUGACGAUGCCUCUAGAAAAGAGAUUCUAGAGUUUAUUGAAGCCGAAAAUUCCAAGUCGAAGGUACAAAUGUCUAUUCACAACUUCACAGACAUGUGCUUUAAAAAGUGCAACGAGAACAAACAGAUCACAAGCAACUCUUUAGACAAGGCUGAAGAACAAUGCUUGUCGAACUGCUUGAACAGAUUCUUGGAUACCAACAUCAAGGUCGUUCAAGCUUUGCAAGGGCAACAAUAA